AUGAUGGAGCUUGUUCAGAGGAUUUCACAGCAGCUUUUGGAGUCCACAGAUCAGCCCACUGGACCUAGGGAAUACGUCGUUCUGGGAGAAAUAUACUCGUCUGUUUGUGCUGAUCAAGGUGAAGAAGGGUCCCAUGUUGGAAGUUCUGGAUUUUUGAACGGAUUCCUUGCCAGGAAUGAGAGCUUAAAUCAAGAUUUUUUGUCAGAUGUACAGUCCAGGCUGCAGUUCACGUAUAGAACCAAGUUUGUUCCAAUCCCGAGAGCAGCUGGUGGACCAUCACCGCUUAGUUUCCAUUUCUUGAUCAGGGAAAACCCGUUGGCUACGAUAGAGAACGCAAUACACAAUCCAGACUGUUUCAAUACCGACAUUGGCUGGGGCUGCAUGAUACGAACUGGGCAAAGUCUUCUGGGAAAUGCAUUGCAGAUAGCUAGACUCGGAAGGGAUUAUAGAGUACACCAGGGUCGGGACGAGGAGGAGCACGAGAUUAUGGAUUGGUUCAUCGAUUCGCCAGAGGCGCACUUCUCCGUGCAUAACUUUGUGUCAGAGGGCUUGAGCCUCUCGAACAAGAAGCCAGGCGAAUGGUUUGGCCCUGCUGCGACAUCGCGAAGUAUACAGAGUCUGCUCAACCGAUUUCCCGCCAGCGGAAUCGACAGAUGUUUGAUUUCGGUGUCGUCUGGUGAUGUUUACGAGGAUGAGGUAAGGCAGACCUUUGCGGAGAACGAAAAUGCCCGAGUACUGCUGCUGCUGGGAGUUAAGCUAGGGGUUAAUGCUGUGAAUGAGUAUUAUUGGGAUGAUGUAAAGCAAAUACUGGCAUCGAAAUUCUCUGUGGGGAUAGCAGGAGGCAGGCCCUCGUCGUCAUUGUAUUUUAUCGGGUACGAAGGAAAUGAACUGAUAUACUUUGAUCCUCAUACGCCACAGCCCUCUUUUCAACCCAAUGCUUCAAAAUCAUUCUACGAAACAUGCCACACCACUAGUUUUGGCAAGCUGCUCAUAUCUGGCCUCGACCCUUCCAUGCUAAUCGGAAUCCUUCUACGCGGCAAAGAUCAGUGGUUGCAAUGGAAGGAAGAGGUCAAGACCUCGAAGAUUCUCAAUGUCCUGGACACCAAGCCAUGCGACCUGGAUGUCGUGUGCGAGGACGACAUGGAAAGUGUGAACUCCUCUCUGCCAGGCAAGCACAACGACCGAUCCACUCUGGUCGAUGGGGAUUACGUGGACAUCAAGGCCAUUCUGCAGCACAGCGCAGGGUACGCCGGCGACGCAGAAGAAGAGUUCCAGGACGUGCAGUGCAAGAAGCAGCAGAUCAUGGUGAUGGGUGACCGAAGUUUUUCCUACAACUCGGUCGAUGUCGAAGUGGAAAAGAUCCUAGUCGAGCAAGAAACCAUACACAUAGCUAGAUCCAACUAG